AUGGCGGGUGCCCCCAAAAUGGCGGACACCUCCAAGAUGGCAGGACCGCUAGUGGCGGGCACCUCCACCCUCAGGGAAUGCAUGUGGGUUUUCCAGCUGCUCCGCCUGCCUCAUCUUCAGAGGUCUGUGCUUUCUGGAAGUGGGCCGCGCUGCCGCUCGCGGGGAUCCGCCCCGGGACCCCGUGAGCUCUCCCGGGCUUCCCGGCGGCGGGAAAGCGAAACCGAAAGCCGAGCUCGGCGCCAUUCCGCUCGUUUGACCCCUGUUUAUGUUUGUUUUUCUCCCCGUUGUAAACCGUCCUUCCUUUUGAACGGGAAGGGCUUGGAGGAUAACCAUCCGAAGCAGAUUAUGGAAACCACUGAUCCUUCUGGCCCAUCAACAGAUGAGCUGGAAAGUCUUAAAAAGGAAUUGGAGAAAUGGAAGGAAAGGCUUGAACAACUUGAGAAAGCAAAAGGUGAUCUUCUUUGUAAAUUUAAUGCUGAUGAAGAGCGUGUUAAGGCACGGAAUGAGAUGAUGACAAAGCUAGCAUACUUGCGAGAGAAACAGAACAGGGAAAGGCCUAUAACUUGGGAAAGCUAUGAGACAGAACUCUCUCUGAUAAAUAAAGAAAAUGCUGAGCUGAAGAGAGAGAUUGAAAAGCUCAAAGAAGAUCUUUCAAAUUGUGACUCAGUGCGUCUGUGGGAUGGUCAGAUUAAAAAAAAGGUACCAGAAACGAAAAUGAAGUUCACUGAGAUGAAGGAAAUGAAGGAUGAUUAUCCAGAUACAGAUACUCACUGUGUUUUUCACGUAAAUACAAAAAUCCCAUUCAAACUGAAAAAAAAUGAAGCUCUCCUUACUUUUGAAGAAGAGGAAGUUGCCCAGAGACUGACAAAAAUGCGUAAGCAUACUGUGAACCUGGACAGCCAAACAACAGAUAUGAGAGUGGAGCCUUUUGCACUUGGAACGGGAAUCAAAUUUGAGCUCCAUGUCACCAUUUCUGGAAAGACGAUCAACGUUUCUGAAAUACCGGAGCAAUCAAUUCCUGAUGACUGGGUGAGAGACAAAUUAGAGCUACAUUUCUGCAAACCUGAACGUGGAGGAGGAGAAAUAGAGCAUGUAGAAUAUGACAAGACGUCUAGAAGAGCUGUUAUUACAUUCCUCAGACCUGAAGGUACUUCAUGCAAGGUUUUUUUAGCCAUUUUGUUACAGGCCAUAUUGGCCAUUUCCUCACCUUCUUUCUAUGUAAACUCCACUGCUGGAUAUCCAGCUAGUGGCUUAGUGAGACGGAUGGAAUGUCCUUUCUUUGCAAAUGGAAAAACAUACUUGGUGUGUGUGUCCCCAAGCAUGGUAAAACACUUGGAAAAACUUCAGAUCUAUUCUGGGAUUUCUAAGAAGACUAUUCUGUUGAAAGGAAUUCAAAAGACUGAUGACGAAGAGGAUAGUGUACAGGACAUGAUUGAAAUUCAUUUUCAAAAGCCGAGUAACGGUGGUGGAGAAAUAGUGAACAUCAAAUAUGUAUCAAAAGGGGUUACAUGGGCUUGUUUUGAGGAGGAUGCUUAA